CACUCCUCAUUCGACCUUGUGCUGACGGCCACUGAUCACGGGGAGCCGCCAAAAUCAGGUACCGCUUUAAUUAAAGUCAUUGUCCUUGACUCCAAUGAUAACAGCCCCGUCUUUGCAGAGAGCUCUUUGACAGUCGAGGUUCGGGAGGAUGCUCUGCCUGGGACCCUCCUAGUGAAGGUCACGGCCACCGACCCCGACCAGGGUCCCAAUGGGGAGAUCGAGUACAGCCUGAGCAAGCACGCACCCCUGGAGGUGCUGAGCGCUUUUGGCAUCGACGCCCGCACGGGCAGCAUCAUCCUGAAGAACCCGCUGGACUAUGAGGAUACCCACACCUACGAGCUGGACGUGCAAGCCCGGGACCUGGGUGCCAACCCCAUCCCAGCGCACUGCAAGGUCCUGGUCAAAGUCCUGGACGUCAACGACAACGCCCCUGAUGUCCAUGUUACCUGGGCCUCACGGGAGCCAGUGCUCUCUGAAGCUCUCCCCAAAGACAGCUUUGUUGCUCUGGUGACGGCCAGCGACCCCGAUUCGGGAAGCAAUGGGCAAGUGCAUUGCUCUCUCAGUCAAGGGUACGAGCACUUCAGGCUGAAGAGGACCAACAGCCACAGCUACGUGCUGAUGACCAACGCUGCGCUGGACAGGGAGCUGCGUGCCGAGUACAACCUGACGUUGGUGGCACGGGACCAGGGUGACCUCUCCCUGGCUGUGCUGAAGCACCUCACUAUCUGCAUAAGCGACGUCAAUGACAACGCCCCCUCCUUUGAGAAGGCCACUUAUGAGGUCGUUGUUGCUGAGAACAGUGAACCUGCCUUCUUGCUCACAGUCCGUGCCACUGACCCUGACCUGGGUUUCAACGGGAAAGUCACCUACAGCAUCCUGGAUUCCUCUGCUCUGGGUCUGAUCUCAAUUGACCCCACCUCUGGGGAUGUUUUUGCCCUCCAAGCUUUUGAUUACGAGCAGGUGAGGAACCUGGAGUUCCUAGUGACCGCCGAGGAUGGUGGUCACCCCAAGCUGGUGUCCAACGUCUCCAUCAGGCUGGCUGUACUUGACCGGAAUGACAAUGCGCCCGUCAUCACCGCACCGGCACUGGUGGGAGGCGUGGCCACACUCUCCGUCCUAGUCAGCGUGGAGACAGGGUGCUUCUGGGUGGUCGCUGGGAACGGGAGCGCCCAAGGGACUGCAGCAGUGACCAAUGCAACCCUCGUGUCGUGUGCCAGCGCUCCCUUCCUCUUCACCAUCACAGCCAGGGAUGCGGACUCCGGCAUCAACGCAGCUCUCCGGUAUGAUCUGGUGGGUGGGGAUGACGCUGGGCUUUUCAUCCUGGACCCUCUCUUGGGACAGAAAAAAAAAGCCAACGCCAGCGGCCUGGCCGGCAGCGAGCGGGAGCUGUUGGUCCGGGUGAGCGAUGAGGGGGACGUGCCCUUGCACACCCUGGCCCGGGUGCGCUUAGCUUUCCGGCAUCACGGGGCAUUCUCCAAAAUCUCGGCCCAGGAUCCGGGGUGGCUGAGCUCCUCUGUGGUGGUCAUUAUCUGCCUGGCUGCUCUCCUGGGCGGCUGCCUUCUCCUCUUGGCUUUAACCCUGUCUUUGCGCAAGAAGGACAAGAAGGACGGCAUGGCCUACAACUGCAGGGAGGCGGAGGAUGCCCGCAGGCAGCAGCAGCUCAAGAAGCCUCACAGGCAGAUCCAGAAGACCGACAUCCACCUUGUCCCGCUGCUCUGGGGCCGGCCCCGAGAGGCUUUUCCUGCCUUACAGCAAAUCUCCCAGCUGCUCUCCCUGCUGCACCAGGGCCAGUUCCAGCCCAAAACAAACCACAGGGGAAACAAGUACACGGCCAAGACCGGCAGCAGGGCUGCGGGGCUGGACACCGACUGCCUGAGCACGAAGGACAGUGGGCACGGUGAGAGCGAGGCAGAGGACCGUGAUUCGGAGAGCGGGUUUGAGCUGUCCGUGCAGCAGCUGGUGGGAGAGGAGCUGGAGACCCUUCUGGAGCCGCAGGCAGAGCUGGCCCUUAAGAGGCUGACAGCUGCUGACCCGGCGAGGGUGGCCCGGCUCCCCCUGCCGCUCACCGGCAGUUACAAGGACAACGUCUUCUCCCCUGACUCUCCGCAUUCACCUCAGGACGAGGAAGCUGUGAGGCAGGAGAAACCAAGGACCUUUGAGACCUUUGGCAAAGGUGCUGGGGCUGACUCAAAUGCUGCCGGGACGAGGCUGGCCAGCACCUUCCUUUCAGAAAUGAGCACCCUCUUCGAAAUGAUUUUGUCCCAGAAGGUCCAAGUCCACAACGAAACAGAUUCGGGGCUUCUGCGGCAGCUGUCGGCACGUGGGAAGAGCCUUGGACUGGAAGACAGCGCUCCUGUUCCAUAG